GGGUAAGACCAGCACUAACUCUUAGUGCACAACGGGGUCCCAACGGUGGAGAUGAACUCCACUAUACCUGCUACCAGCGGCGGAUUCUAGCUCCCCUUUAGACUCACCUUUCCCCCAAGUGCACAUCUUCCGCUGCAAUGCAUGGCACCAAUUCUACAGGACUGCCCCUUGGCGACGCAGAAAUACAGCGGAACCAUGCGCAGUCAGCAAGCCUCCAGCCCGGCCCAGCACCACCAGCAAUGAACGCCACCACUCAACACCUAACCCAAUCCGUCUCCCCUGCACCACGGAUGCUACCUUCUUGGGCCUUUCCCUCGCGCCACAUCCUGCACCAACCAGGCUACAGAACAUGUACAAGGCACAAUAUUGGCGACCACAGUGGCGCCCUCGCUCGCCUUGAACCCUGCAUUGUCCAAUCGCAGUUGGCCCAGCACGCUGACCUGGGCCGCCUCUUCCCCUCCGCUGCAACAGGCUGCCUCGGUAUCCCGUGCAAGUCAGACUGUUAGCCUGCUCUCGAGGCUGUUGGAAUGCUUCGUUCAGCAUGUAUCCUUCUCCACGCCCGCUCGCCCAUCCCCGCGUGGAGGUGCCGUGGCGCUACCGAUUACUCGCUACGUGUAUUCCCGUUGGAGACGAGCGUCCUCGCCUCGCCGCGACUAACAAGAGUAUAUAAGAUGCCAGCCACUCUCCCCCUCACAAGCGCCCAGCCUUGAAAAGCGUCCCAACCAAGCUCUGGCCUAUCCCUCGUUGCUGUUGAUACACUCGCUACCAAAGCAUAUAUACCUUCGCUACUUGUUGCAAUUCACUUUUACACAAUGAAGGUCAACUCUCUCGUUCUUGCCAUUCUGGCCUCCACCGCCUCGGCCAGCAUCACUGUCCGUGAUGUCACCGACAUCAUCGCCAUCAUCACCCAGAACGUUGAUGACAUCAACGCCCUCAAGGCUGCUGCCGAUGCCUUUAGCGGUGACAAGGCUCCUCUCAUCGCCGCUGCUGACAAGAUGAUCAACGAUAUCAAGACCGCUGUUCCCAAGGUCAAUGCUCACCCUGACUUCGAUGAGGCUGAUACCCUCGGUGUUGCUGGCUCUGCUGCCAGCAUUGAGGACCCUGCCAAGGCUCUCGUUGCCGCGUUCAAGGCCAAGAAGACCGUCGUCCAGGAGUACAGAGAAUGCGACACUGUCCGCUCCAAGCUCGAGGAGAUCAACGGAGCCGCUCGCUCUCUCAUUAAUGCCAUCACUUCCAAGGUCGUUCUCCCCGCCUAUAAGCCCAUUGCUGAAGGUCUUGCCAACGAGAUCGGAGCCGUCCUCGACCAGGCCAAGGCUGAUUACGCCGACUGCACCAAUGCUCCCGCCCCCAGCAGCUCUGUCGCACCUAGCUCUACUGUCUCCAGCUCUACGGCUCCUAGCGGCUCCCAGUCUGCCAGCGGCUCUGCCAGCGGCUCUCAGUCUGCUAGCGCCUCCAAGACUGCUAGCGCCUCCAAGACUGCUAGCGGCUCCCAGAGCGCCAGCGGCACUGCCAGCAACACUGGCAAGCCUACCGACACCACUGUGACUGUGUCUUGCAGCACCACCACCCAGACUACCCCUACUGGUGCUCACUGCCCCAAGUGCACCGGCGGCAACGGUGGUAACGGCGGCAACGGUGGAAACGGAGGCAAUGGAGGCAAUGGAGGCAAUGGAGGCAACGGUGGUAACGGCAGCAAUGGCAGCAACGGAAGCAAUGGCAGCAAUGGCAGCAACGGCGGCGGCAGCACUCCCGCUGUUGUCACUGGCGGUGCCAAGUCCAUGUUCGCCCCUGCUGCUGGCCUCGCCAUGGUUGUCGCUGCUCUUAUUCUGUAAAAUCAUUUCUGUUAUUCAUGUUUAGCAGAAUCCAGGCCGGCGUUGCCUGGCCAAAGUAAAUAAUGUUAGAUACGUCGCUUUUAUCAGGAGCAAUUGUUAAUAAUAGUAUGCUU